GGACCAAAUGGCUCAAUACAUUUGGUAGCUAGCGUACGAUACAUUAGCUACGAUAUCAGAAAUAUGUAUGUAUUUAGCAGAAAAUUACAUUUAUGACUUCGGGUAGUAAAGUUAAAUACCGACCGUGCAACUGCGUCCUCCUUGUCAGGGGUAGAGUUAACGUUAUUCAGUUGCUUUGUCGGAAAGCAGCAGGAGCGUUUGUCUGGUUUGGCUUGCAACACAAUUUAGCUAACUGUUAACAUUUUAUUUGUAUUAACAAACAACCUAGCUAAUUUAGCCGUGUGAAACCAGUCUGAGGUAAACCUCUAGACAGUUGUGACUGCGGAGAUGUCCAAGGCUCCAGAUUCCCCUGCACGGUCCCGCUCCAGAUCAAAGUCCAGAUCCAGGUCUUACACUCGGUCUCGCUCGAGAAGCCGCUCCAGAAGCCGCUCCAGAUCCAGGAAGCACCGCUACAGUUCCAGGUCUCGCUCCCGCUCCAGAUCUCACUCUCCGUCCCACGGCAGGAACUAUCCCACCAGAGACUAUCAGAACAACCAGGGUUACCAGGGUUACCAGAGAGGCUACAACCGCGGCUUCCGCAGACCCUUCUACUUCCGCGGUAGAACCCGGGGUUUCUACCCUCGCCGUGGUUACCAGAGAGGAGGGAACAGCUAUGGCUACAGAGCCAACAACUGGCGGGGGGGUGGCCACCGGGACGGGCCACACCGCGACCAGGAUCACCACGGUCCGCAUAGCCCCAGGAGAGGCCGCUCCCGCACUCCUAGGAAACGCUCGGGCAGCCGCAGCCACUCACGGUCUCGAUACUCUGACCGCUCGUCCUCCAGGGGUUCUCGGUGGUCUCGGGGGCGCCACAGCUCGUCUCGCUCCCGCUCCUCAUCCCCGCGGCAACGCCGCAGCAGCCCUAGCUCGGGGAAGCCCGGCUCCAAGGAUGUAAAGGACAGGCCUACGCCAGCAGAGGCCAAGGGGGAGAGCGGAGGAGGGGCUGGGGAGCAGGCAGAAGGACAGGGGGGAGAGGCCAGUACUCUUGAUAAGGAUUCUGCUGGGAAAUGGCAGGGUCUGAGUGACUAUGACACCAGCCCCAAACGCAGCAGUCCUGCUGUUGGUGCCAACCAGGGAAAAUCAGAACCCAAAGGGCCGUUGUGGAGAACUAUCGGCAGCACUGGCAGUGCUCCCUCCACCAACAGCCCACCGGGCUCCACCAAGGCCGGGCCAACCGCCUCCUUCAGCGGGUUUGGCUUCCUUGGCAAGGAGGAUCCCACCAGGGCAGACGAUAAGAGUGCCAUUUCCUCUGCUUUCAAAAAGUUCUUGGCAGAAAACAAGAGCAAAAAGCAGCAGGCGGCGGCAGAGUGGGAGAAUGGCCGGGACAGGGACCAAAGCACCACGGACGGAGACGGCAGAGAGAAAGGCAAGAGCAGGACUAGCAGUGGCCUCUUAAACAUAACAGCAGGUUCCUUCAGCUCCAAGGCCGAUAAGUCCCUGCCCUUCCUGGACAAAGCUGAAGAGGCCUUCCUCAAGUCUCAGGCUGCAGGGAGAGAGAGGGAGAGGGAGGCAGAAGAGGAGGCCAAGCCCAAAGGAGCCACCCUGACAACACGGGACGUGUUUGGGAAGUGGGAAGACGAACCCCAUUACUACCCCCCAGGGAAGGACGAGGAGAGACUGAGAGACACGGCCGAAGAUGUGGUGGAAGACCUGGAGCACAUGGAGGAGGAGCUCUACCGCAGCCGCAAGCAGGCCUCCAAGAAAGAAGAGAAGUCCAAGAAGAAGGAGAAGAAAGACAAGGAGAAGAGCAGUACGUCCCCAGCCAUAGCAACCGUGGCCCUUAGGGGUUCAGGUAGCAGGGAGAAGGACAGGCCCCUGGCCCUAUUCCCCAUCUCUAGGGUGGACUCACCCCUACCCAGGCCCUCUGGAAAGAGGGAUGAUUUUGAGCUUAGUAUCAACUCUUUUGACAAGAUGCCCAGCUCCUCAUCUGGAGGUCUGACCAAGGAGCGUGGUAUGUCCAGGGAUCUGGUGCAUCCCGCUAAGAAAGAUCACGGAGAGUUCCGUUCCAUCUUCCAGCAUAUUCAGGCAGCUCAGCUCAGACGCAGCCCCUCUGAGCUUUUUGCGCAGCACAUUGUCACCAUUGUGCACUACAUCAAAGCCCAACAUUUCAGCUCUUCAGGCAUGACUUUAAGUGAGCGAUUUGCCAUGUACCAAAGAAAAGCUGCUGAGAUGGAAUUGAUGAAGCCAAGGAAGAGUCCAGAAAUCCAUAGGAGAAUCGAUGUCUCCCCCAGUGCGUUUAAGAGACACUCUCACCUGCUGGAUGAGCUGGAGGACUGCAGCUACAAGGAUCAGGGUAAAAAACCUAAAGGUGACCCAAUGGACCUGCGUCUGGAUAUAGAGCGCCGUAAAAGGUUUUCUGGGAAGGAGCCUGGGCAGCAUAAACGGGACGGGGGCAAGGGCUCCGGAGGCUCCCGAGGACCCAGCCAAGAGAGGUCCUCAGAGAGAUCCGCCAAACACCACAAGAAAUCCAAAAAAAACAAGAAGAAGCGUGAUCGCUCUCCAUCCUCCUCCUCUUCCUCCUCCUCUCCCUCUCCCUUCAGAGGAGGGUUCAGAGGUAAAGACCACAUGAUGGGGGAGGAGAUGGAGCACAUGGACCAAGGCUACAAUAAACCUCGCUUCGGGCCCCGGGACUACGGAGGCCCCAUGGAUAGGGGUCUCUCCCGGGAUUAUGAGGGCCAUAUGGAGAGGGGUCCCCCCCGGGAUUUCGAGGGCCACAUGGAUAGGGGCCGAGGACGUGGAGGAGGAUUUCUCCCCAGAGUGAGAGGAGGUGGAAGGGGCUGGAACAGGGGCAAUUACCAAGGAAACAACAACAGCAACCCCCCUCCUAAUAUGAGCAACGCCCCCCCAGAGCGCCCGCCAGACGAGGAGUGGGACCCAGAGUACACUCCUAAGAGUAGGAAAUAUUACUUUCAUGAUGACAGAGAGGGAGAGAAGACGUGGCUGGAGAGCCGUGGCAGAGGGGCCUUCCCCCGCAGCAGGGGACGCUUCAUCUACCGCAAGGGCGGCAGCAGCCCCAACAAGUGGACUCAUGACAAGUUCCAGGGGGAUGGGGAGGAGGGGGGCGAGCAUGGGGAGGAGCACCACACAGAGAUGGACCAUAAAGACAACAUCCAGUCCGGAGAUCCCUCAGCUUCCAAGCUGUAGUAGACCCUCCUCUUCCUUCCUCCAGAGCUUUCUGUUCAUCUGUUUGAGGUCAUCUGAUUAUCUGCCGUCAUCUCUGUGUAAGCUUGAAGAGUCUAAACUCUGGCUACCUGCCCUGCACCUAGUCAGUCACAGCAUCAGAAUGUACACGGUUGUUUUCCUAUCGUUGACUCAAGCCACUUUCAGUAAGGGUUAUAUGGGAGAAAAUGUUUUAAUUUAACUUGAAUGAAGGGGCAAGCUACUUUUUAUUUUAUUUUUAAUUACUACCAGUAAUUUGUAUUUGUUUCUGGGUGUUUGAUAUGUAAAGAUGUGCUUUGUUUGUCUUUUUAUCUGUAUUUGCUUGUUUGUUAUGAACAAUAGCAGACUGGUUUCCGAUCGUCUCCUGUGGGAUAUACUACAAACAGGAUAAAGGAGUUGGUAAGCUAACUUGCCUACAGUAAAUAUUAUGAAAUGAGAAAGUUAUUUAUUUUUGCAGUCAAUUAGACCAUGCCCAGAUUGAAAUAGGCAUGGUCUAAUUGACUCAACAACCAAAAAUGCAUUUGUAAGUUCAGCUUUCUUAAUGAACCAGAAUAUCUGUAGUUAUUUCUGGUUGGCUAACUCAUUGAUCUUGCUUUGUAGUACACCCCUCCGGGUCCUCUGAAAUGGUUACGUUAUUGUAGCUACGUUGAUUUAAAGCAAAGUAACUUUCCUCAAGACAUAAAAAUGACAAAUGGAUUUGUGCCUUAAAAUUGAUAUUCAUAGUGAUAUGUAUUGCUCUUAUACUUUCGUCGUACAGCUUUUCUGCUGUACUAGCUAAAGCAAGCCUUUAGCUAAACAGUUGUUUUGGGCAGUGCUAGGUUUUUGAUGGUGUUUUGCAUGACACUUUGGUCCCAUGGGGUGGUACGGUUAGAGUCCAAUCUUUACUGUGGGUACUGGGCUCAUACUAGAACUGGGCGAUGUGGACAAAAAUCCAUAUCACGAUAAAUUGCCUGAAUUGAUGCGAGAACGAUAAAUUUCUAACAAUUAACUAUGUUAAUUCUUUUUUUUAAAUGAUACUUUCAACUACUACUAGUUUGAUGGUUGUAGCCAUCAAUUAUCCAAUUAACAAUCACCCAUAUUAGCAAACUUUAUUUAAAGGUUCACAUUUCUCUACUAUAGGCUACUUAUCGUAUUGAACGAUAUCAGCAAAAUACCUGCGAUUUAAAUUUUGGUUUAUCGUCCCAGCUAUUGCUCACAUACCAGUAUGUCCUGCCACCUUGAGAAUUCUCCAUCCUACAUAAGCAUUCUCAUUACCACCAAUACUUCUGGUCUUCUACUUGUUGCGGAGUUGAGCUUGUUUCUGUGUGGUUUGUUCCCAUUGAUACUUCCUGUUUUUAAGCAUCAAGAGGACUUUCACUGUGUAAAAUGAAAGGUCUGCUACAAAAAAAAAUAUUUUGUUUCACAGCUGACAAAUAGCAGGUGGAUGUUUGUGUCUGUGUCAUAUAAUUUUAGGUAAAUCACUAUUUAGAUUUUUUUAUGAAUAUAAUUAUAGGAAAAAUAAGUAGUUAUGUAAUGAACAAAAUUAUUGAUAUUGAGGACUUUUAUAUUGGGAGUUUAAAUGUUUUAAAUAUACUGAACAAAAAUAUAAACGCAACAUGUAAUGUGUUGGUCCCAUGUUUCAUGAGCUGAAAUAAAAGAUCACAAUUUUCCAUACGUACAAAAGCUUAUUUCUCUCAUUUUGUGCAUACAUUUAUUUACAACCCUGUUAGUCAACAUUGGUCCUUUGCCAAGAUAAUCCAUCCACCUGACAUGUGACAUAUCAAGAAGCUGAUUAAACAGCAUGAUCAUUACACAGGUGCCCCUUGUGCUGUGGACUAUAAAAGGUCACAACAUGUCUCAAGUUUUGAGGGAGUGUACAAUUGUCAUGCUGACUGCAGGAAUGUCCACCAGAGCUGUUGCCAGUGAAUGUAAUGUUCAUUUCUCUACCAUAAGCCGCUCCAACGUCGUUUUACAGAAUUUGCCAGUACGUCCAACAGGCCUCACAACAGCAGACUACGUGUAACCAUGCCGGCCCUGGACCUCCACAUCCGGUUUCUUCACCUGCGGGAUCAUCUGAGACCAGCCACCUGGACAGCUGAAGAAACUGAGGAGUAGUUCUGUCUGUAAUAAAGCCAUUUUGUGGGGAAAGACUCAGUCUGAUUGGCUGGGCCUGGUUCCCCAGUGGGUGGGCCUAAGCCCACCUAUGGCUGCGCACCUGCCCAGCCAUGUGAAAUACAUAGAUUAGGGCUCAAUGAAAUUAUUUCAAUUGACUGAUUUCCUUAUGAACUGAAACUCAGUAAAAUAAGUGAAAUUGUUGCGUUUUUAUAUUUUUGUUCAGUCUAGAAUAGCAGUUUGUGGGCUUCAUCAUUUUUUGUUCUUCUGUAAUGUUGUACAUCAAAAGGUAAACCUAUACUAUUGAGGUUAUGGCACAAGAUGACAUAAGUAUAACUUUUCCCUGUAUGUGGCAAAUACAUACUGUCAAACUAUACUUGUUGGUGGAGCACGAAUACAGGUGAGUAGAUGUCGAGGAGCAGGUUUAGUCAGCAACAGUGCAAGACUGCUGCUUUGUGCAGUCUACCCCUAGACCACAUUGUGUCCAUACUGUAUGUGUUGAGCAUACUGUAACUGUAGGACUCUAUUCUUUGUUUUUACGCUCUUACUCGAAACAGAAGCUGACAUCUUUUCUACUGUUCUCUCAGAGAUUUUAAGUACUUGUCAUUAAUUUUCUAUAAAUAUUUUCUCUGGUUCA